CAAUUGCGGGUUCCCAAGUUCCCACUUCAGCAAUUUAGCCGUGACUUUAUCUACAUCUUUUACAAUAUGCCGAUAUAUUAUUGACAGGACUUGCGUACGAAUAAUUUUGGGACUGGAUUGACUUCCUAUCAACUCAAUUUUACUUUUUUACAUGAACGUAUUGUACUCCGUCUUAUUCGCGAAGCACUACGUUUAGUACUCGGCAAUUUGAGGGCCUCUCCUUGUGCCGACUGUGCUCUAGGAUGUGGAUGCCUCACUACAUAUUCCGAACGGCUAGAAAGGCUGUCGACUAUCCGGGUAUGGCCAAGGAUGGGAAAGAAGAGCCCGAGAAAGUCAUUAUCACCGAAUCGAUACCCACAGCACUUCGACGCUGUACCUGGCACCUCAUCCCUAUCUUGUCCACUAUCGCGAUAAUAACCUUGGACCUUAAGGGCUAUUAUCUGGGAGCUGAUCUUAUGUCACCGGUCAGGUCUGAGACCAUUAACCUCAUGUUCCUUCAAUUGGCUGCUAAAGGCCAUGAGAUCAUGAUCGUGGCCAGUCUAGGUCUUAUUGUUUUCCACUUUGUUCGAGAAGAACUGCUUUUUGAAGAUGGAUUGCCGCUCGGGCUCCUAGGUUCCGGCCUCACUUUCAAUAACCUUGAAUUUUUUGUGUCCAAAGAGUUCUAUGGCACUUUGAGAUAUGUCGUUGACUAUGGUAAUAAGCCCAGAAAGAUCCUCUUUCUGAUUGUCGUCGUGGUGGCUGGGCUUAUAGCUGCACUUGCUGGGCCGGCAAGUGCGGUACUACUCGUACCUAAGUCCCAGGAUUGGGCAGCUGGAGGUACUGAAUUCUACAUCAAUGGAUCUGCGAGCGACCUUUGGCCGGAUGACCUAUCUGGAGUCAUGUCGGAGCUUCGGCAAUAUUGCAACCUCAAUGACUCUACCCGACUAGGAAUCUGUCCGGCGGGCGGGUUUAACUCUCUUUGGGAUCACUGGGGUACUGCGAACUUUGCGAAUUUUCGUGCUCUGGACCGUUCAUACGCCAAGGAUAUCUCUGGGUCCAACUUCUACUGGCCAAUAUCCAGUCCGUUGUCUCAAAUCCCACCUCUCUAUGUGCUAGGAAAUAGCAGGGAUGCCGAAAGUGGUGCAACUACCCUCAUUCAACCACAUGCAGCAACAGUGGUAAUCUUGCAAGCCCUAGCGACAGACUGGUGGAAAGUUUUGACAGCCCAACGAGGCAUGUCUCCCGAUCAGGUUGAUGACCGGGAGAUUUCUGCCAAAUUCAGGAGUGCGAUCAGCGUUGUCAGAUGCGCAACCCCGCAGAAUUUGUCGCUCUCAGACAAGACGGUGAAUUUCCCAUCCCUAGAUGGUCGAUUCAACUUCGCCCAAAGCUUGCCAUUUGUGGUAAAAGAUCUCAAUAAUACUGCUGUGAAACAUUUACGUUUCCAAUGGGUCCACCUUCCGGUUAAAUUUGGUGCAGCUAGCAUUGGAGGAGUUUUAGAGGCCCCGUGGGAUUCUAACAAGACCUCGAGAGCUGUGAUCGGUUGUACAAUCCAAGCUGGAUGGGUCCCGGCAACUAUGUACACCAACAAAUACAAUUUCUGGACCGGAUGGUAUCCAUGGGAUAUUCAGUAUGGAGACCGCACGCCUGCCUGGUUUGCCACAUCUCAGACCGCUACGAAUGGUCGAAUAGCUCUUGGAGAUGACUGGCUGAAUCUACUGACGCCACCAAUUGCCGACUCUGAUCUUGGACUUUGGAGACCGUCCACCAUUGAGAGUUUGUUUUUGAAUGCCGGUCUGGGCUCAUCUCUUAAUACGCUUGUUGCGGACUGGCUUGAUACGAGGACUGAAGGAUUGGACAAGCUUGCGCUCAUUGAAGCCAUUAUUUGCAGCGUGAUUGUGGAUGGUAUUAGUCGUACCGGAAGCUAUCGGGUAUUCAAUACUUCAGAAUCAACAUCCGAAUGGUCGCUUGCAAACUACAACCCCUUGCCUGACUUUGAUAAACGCAUCCUGAGGAAUAAGCCUGCUUUGAGGAUUCCUGCAGUCAGCCCCGAGAGUCUUACAAAGAUUGAAGCAAGCAUGCAAAUAAGCGGUUUCUCAUUCAAAGGUUCUCUGGCAGCAUAUCUUGCCAUGGCAGUCCUUCUCACCCACCUUCUUAUGGCAACCGCUUAUGUUAUAUAUGUGAUCCGUAACAGACAGACAUCAAGCAGCUGGGGGUCCGUUUCUGAGCUCAUUGCUCUCUCACAAAACUCCCAACCAGCAUUUGAUGUUUUGGCAAACACCAGCGCUGGUAUUGAGAGCCGCAAAACAUUUCUGCAGAUGGUGAAGAUUCGAGUGAGGGAAGUUCCCAAUUCGUCAGGCAAGAGUGAACAUGUUGAAUUCAUUUUUGGUGACCAUGGGAAUGAUAACUCUAGCUCCCAAAGUCACCAACGAGGUCCCUCUGAGCACGAGCUAGUUGAGCUACGCAAUCAUAUCUCAACUCAUUCUGUGACUUGGCCUCUCAAUGGAAGCGAAAACCACGGGGAAAUCGAUAUGGAUGCUUGGAGUACCUCGACUUCUGCAGAGAGGCUUGUACCUGGUGACAGAAAGGACAGGGAGAAUACGGUCCAGCCUGAUGUAAAAUAUAGCUGAAAUGUUAUCUGGGAUAGUCUGAAAGCUGUAGACGCUCUAAGAUCCCAGCAUGCUGUGUCAUUGCUAGGGUCAUCCUUUCCACACUUCCCAUUCACCAUAUGGAACAUACCUUUUGCUGGCUAGUACUCCUCCCUAUUCAAUUAAAGAUUUUGUCAAAGCGUCUCUUACCACGGCA